AUGUCUGUCUCCUGUUCUUAUCUGCAGGCCACAAGAGCCCUAUAUGUGAUCCUGCAGGAGCAGGCCUGCAGGCAGGAAGUGAAGGAGCUCUUCCUCAGCUCUACGUCGCGCUGCUCUUCCACGCCACCCACACAGUACGCGGUGAAGGCCAUGGAAGCUUUGCUUCUAUGCGCUGGCUACAAGGAGCAGGCCACCUUCAUGAUUAAGCAUGGCCGCUGGGACCUGCUCAUUAGCUCAGACACGCACCACAAAGGUGUCUGCCUGCUUGCCCGGGCCAUGGUUUCGCUCAAUUUCCAGGAGCGAAACUGGAUUUUCCACCAUCUCAUGGCCAUCCUCAACGAUCGGGACGAUAGGCGGUACGUCCCGGCCGUGGCGCUCUUCAUUCAGCUCCUCAAGUGCCCUGACCUUGGCAGCAAGCUGGAAGACGCCAUCGUGGAGGAGAUGAGCAGGCUGCUGAGAGACCCCAAGACCGUGGUGCGCUGGUUGGCACUCAAAGGCCUCCUCAAUCUGGCCCUUCGCCCAGAGAAGGUGGGGAAACUCCAGCAUCUGCUGCCAGAUGUCCUGGAGCGACUCCAGGAGGCAGACAGAGACCUCAUCCGCAAGGCCAUCGCCGCGCUGAAACACCUCCUCGCCGGCAUGGACAGGCAGAGCACCAGCCGCGCGGCUGUGAAAGUGGCUGCGCAACUCCUGCCGUUGUUUGAUGAUGUAAGGCCUGGCAGCUCACAGGAGAUCCCAUCAAACUGCAGACAUGUGACCAGCAAGCUCCAAGUGCUCUCCAUCACCCUUUUUAAAGACCUGCUGGAGCUUGUAAGGGGGCCCAACCGGAGGCAGAUGAAGGAGCAUGUGCUCCAGAGCCUGGUCCCACUGCUCCUCCUUGUGCAUGAUGAGCGUCCCAACGUGUCCCAGGUGUGUUGGGACACCCUCAGCAGUGCCGCCCAAUUCCUGAGGUGGCACCAGCUCAGUGGCCUCAUCCAGCACAAGGAAACCUGGCGAAGCUGUGACUGCCUGGUGAUCCACUACAAGGAGAGAGCUGAUGACUUCCUGGGCCAGACCAUGGCCUUCCUGCAGAACCCACAGACUCCAGUUAGGGAAGCAGCCAUCAGGUUCCUAGGGCUCACUGCCCGGCAGCUGGACCAGGGGAGCCAGGACAAGCUGGACACCAUCUGCGACAACCUCAAAGGCUUGCAGCAGGACAGCGAGUCCUCAGUCCGAUGCCUGGCUUCUCAGACCAUCUUCAUCCUGGAGGCCUUCAAGAACCAGCCUCCAGCCUGCUGCAGCCUAUGGACAUUGGUCCAUAGGAUAAGAACAAUGUGCACUGCGGAGAGCCAGCUCAUUGAAGCUGCCCAGCUGCCCUAGCUCUGGGAAAAGCCAGCCUCCCUUCUCUGGGGGCUUGGUGCAUCAGAGCCCACCUGGAGCAAGGUGGAACACAUGGCUUCUUCCCAAUUGGCUGCCUGCCCUGCCCAGCCAUAACACAGACCGCUCCACUGGAUCCCACAACCCAUACAGGGAGAAAGCCGUAGAAAAUGCUGACAUCUCCAAAAUCAUAUCAGGGCAAGAAAAGGCACUUGCUGUUUGCAACACUUGUACAGGACAGACACAGGAACCUGGCUAUGCCACUGCCUUAGUCAGCCCUGCCGCUGCAGCACACAUGGUAGCAGAUGAGACAGAAUGAGUCCCAGCUCCAGGAGGGUACCACAGCCAGUGCUGCGAAGGGAGCUGCAUGGCCUGUACGGCUGGGAGAGGACAAGGGUGGUCAUGGGGGAGAAGAGAGCCUGGCAGAGACAAAAUACCGCGAAUUAUGCAGAAACAGGGCUGAGCAAAAUUGUCUCCAGUGUCUGUUAGGGUGGAUUUCCCUGCACCCAGCCACCCAGAAGCAGGUAAGGGAACAGGGCCCCUGGGUGCCACGCUAGGGGUACAUGCAGUGCCCACAGCCAUUCCAGGGAGGCAGCUCAGAUAUGUAACUUACAUCCCCACUGGUCAAUUUCACCAUCGUUCUGCAGGAGGCGCCAUUGCUGCAGAAGCCCUGAAGGCUACCUGCAUUGAACCGUCCCUCCCAAUGAAGGCCAGGGCCUGGAGCCACUCCCUGAAUUAAACCCCCUUCUUGUGCAGUGGGUAGGUGAAGGCAGCCAAUGGCCUUUCAAGUCUUGGAUGGUUUCAGGGCCAGAAAGGGGGAUGGAGAGAGAGGAGGUCGGGGAGAGGUUACAUCCACCCUGGACUCCUCUCUGCAUUUCACCCCAAGUUACUAAGCUACAGC